AUGUCUGAUAAUCAAUUGACUAAUAAAAAUGAUGACGAUAUUCAAAUUUCGGUCGAAGCAACUGAAGAAACAUUUGAUAUCUCAGUCGAAGCAACUGAAGAAACAUUUGAUACCUCAGUCGAAGCAACUGAAGAAACAUUUGAUACCUCAGUCGAAACAACUGAUGCAACGUCUGAUACUACAGCCUUGUCGCAAAACGAAACUCCAGAGCAAGUGCAACGACGAACAUUUUCUCAUUCACCACAUUCUCCCGAAUUCAUUGAUCAACUGUGUAAAGCUGGAUUCUACUAUUGCAAUGUUCGUGAUCGUGUUAUAUGUCUCAGUUGUGGUUUGGUCUGUGAACAAUGGAUAUCACAUGUUGAUGACCCAUGUGAAACUCAUAGAAUCCUUUCACCUAAUUGUACAUGUGUACAAUCAAAAUUAAAGCCCUCUGGACCAUCACCACCGCCACCUGUGAUAAAUACCAAUCUAAGCCCAACAGUAAAUGUAGCCCCAUUUUCCCAAAAUAUCUUACCUUCUCCCAACUCACUCCAUCAUCAUGGAAUAGUGCCCAAAUCUUCCCAAAACCCUGAAUAUUCUGAAAUACCUAAACGACUGAGUUCAUUUGAUAACUGGCCUAGUGAGAACUUACCAUCAGUUGAUGAUCUUGUUCAAGCAGGAUUUUUCUAUACUGGUAAAAAAACCAUUGUUACUUGUUUUUAUUGUAAUGGGUCAUUCCAAAGCUUCGGUCCAAAGGAUAACCCAAUGAUUGAACAUGCACGUUGGUUUCCUCAUUGUGCUUAUGCUCGACAAUUAUGUGGUGAUGAUUUAUAUCGGAGAGUUCAGGAAUCUCAACGUCCACGACAAGAAGGACCCAAAGCCAACGAAUGGAGAGAGAAUAAUUCCGAAAGUAGAUCCGAUACGAAUACUUUAACCAACAAUCGUCUAUUACUCAUACCUAAUGACGACAUCUUAUCUCGAUUGGUUACUGCCCGAUUAAAUUUACCCAUAUCACAGAGAUUAAUCAAUGAGAAUUUCACAUUACCAAUCGUCAAACGAUGUUGGGAAGAUCAACUACGAAUUAAGGAAGCACGCUCACGUGAAGCAUUAGCUAAAGCAUGGGCUUCAAAAAAUGUCAUUACAUCGACAUCUGUCAAUACAUCGAAUUAUCAAUGUCACAUAGAAGCAGCAGCAACAGGAACAUCAUCAUCAAAAUCUGUUCAUCAUGCAACACUACAGCCAACAGCAAUUGCUACUGAGCCAGAAGGUUCACCAGACAAUCCGAUGCCAUCCAAUCUUUGUGUACUCUGUUUUACGGAAGAAAAACGAUUGGCUUGUAUACCUUGUGGUCAUUUAGCCACAUGUGUUCCAUGCGGACAUUUGUUGAGAUUAUGUCCUAUCUGUCGAUGUGAUAUUAAAGCCUUCGCUCGAAUAUAUAUCUAA